UGAAUGAAGAAGAACCUCUUCACUUUUACUCCCUGCCUUGCCUGGGUGCAUGUGUGUCUGUGAGCCUGUGAAUGAGUGUGUGUGUGUGGAGGAGAGAACCGGACUCUGCAGCUCAGCUGGGAUAAAGUGUGUGUGUGUGUGUGUGUUUGUGUGUGUGUGUGCCGGUGCAUGGUGUGGAGGGGCAGUGGCCUUGUGGCUGUGUUUAGAGUUCACUCCCGGAGUCUGAUUAAGCCGGUAGGAUCCGUUCCAGCACGUCUGAGAUGAGGCUAGAGCUUCAGGUGGUGGUGUUGCUGCUGGUGGCCCUGUGGACAGCCAGUGGCCAUGCAUGGUUCUGGAAUGAGCCCGAGACCACACCUCCGGCCACAACAGUGGAUUCCCCUGAGGGUUCUACUGCGACGGGGACCGAAGAACCAGAACAGCCAAUGGAGACCACUACAGAUGUCGGAGCAGAGGUGGUCGACGUCGCAAAUGGGAUCCGUAAACUUGUAUCGACUUGGGAGCCGACGACAGAAGCGCUUCAGCUGACAACUGUGAAGCCUACAUCCCUACCACACAAAGAGGAUUCCCAGCCAGAGAAUAAGGAUUCCCAAACAGAGAAUGGGAAAACUCAACCAGAGAAUGUGGAAGCUGAAAAUGUCACCACUGGGGUUCCAACAGAUGCAGAGAAACUGGGUAAUGGUUCCUCAUCACCAGAAGACGAAAGCGGGGUCACCCUGCUGCAGCUCAUCGGGGACCCCCCUCCCGACACCAUCACCCAGAUACCGGGGCCCGACAACAACCCCAGCUACGUCUUCGGCCCCGACGCCAACACGGGCCAGCUGGCGCGCGCCCACUUCCCCAGCCCCUUCUACCGGGACUUCUCCCUCAUCUUCCACCUGAAGCCCACCUCAGACCGCGGGGGGGUGGUGUUCUCCAUCACGGACGACUCACAGCAGGUCAUGUACGUGGGGGUGAAGCUGUCAGAGGUGCAGGGGGGCCGGCAGAGUGUGGUGCUGUACUACACGGAACCCGGUUCGGAGGAGUCGUACGAGGCGGCCCGCUUCACCGUGGCGUCCAUGCGGGGCACGUGGACGCGCUUCUCCCUGGCUGUGCACGACGAGAAGGUCACCUUCUACCCCAACUGCGACAUGGAGUCCCAGGUGGUGCGCUUCGAGAGGUCCCCCGACGGCAUGGACCUGGAGGCCGGGGCCGGCGUGUUCGUGGGCCAGGCCGGAGGAGCCGACCCUGAUAAGUUCUUGGGGGUGGUCGGUGAGCUCAGAGUGGUAGGGGAUCCCCGUGCUGCAGAGAGACACUGCGAGGAAGACGGGGAUGACACAGAUGUGGCUUCAGGAUUUGGAAGUGGCUACGGAGAGGAUGAACGAAGUUCCCCAACGGCCACCCCGCCGUCCUCCGUUCCCAUCCAGCAGCCCCCCGUCACUAGGCAACAGGAGGUGUUAGUAGAAAGACAGACCGCCAGUGACUCCCACCUGGUGGAGGCUGCCUCCAGCGCUGGGCUCCCUGGAACCGCAGGCUCCGCAGGCGGCAGGGGGGGGAAAGGUGACCAAGGGGAAAGGGGAGAGAAGGGCGACAGGGGUCCCAUUGGGCCCCAGGGGGAGCAGGGAUCCGGCUCGACCAGCUCGCGAGGAGGAGUGCGGGGAGAGAAGGGAGAACCAGGAGAAAAAGGACUCAAGGGCAGUGCCGGGUUCGGCUACCCUGGGAAGAAGGGCGACAGCGGGUCCCCUGGGCCACCCGGCCCAACUGGCGCCGCGGGCCCCUCGGCCGGGCUUCUGGAGCGCACCCCCGGCUCCGUGGUGGAGCGGGUGGCUGGCCCCCCGGGGCCCGCUGGUCCACCAGGGGCCGAGGGACCUGCAGGAACCGAUGGAGAACCGGGUGACCCUGGUGAAGACGGCAAGGCAGGCCCUGUUGGACCUUCAGGAUUUCCAGGAACCCCUGGUGAUGCUGGAGUUAAAGGAGAAAAGGGAGACCGCGGAGAGGCUGUACCUGGUCCAAGGGGACCCCCUGGACCCCCUGGCCCACCAGCAACAGGAUCCAGAUCAACCUUUGUGGACAUGGAAGGCUCAGGUUUUACAGACCUGGAAUCUAUUCGGGGAAUGCCUGGACUACCUGGCCCCCCAGGGCUCCCUGGACCUCCAGGGCCAUCUACCGCUGUUGGCGUGGGAACAGCCACAAGCUCCGGGGCCUUUGGACCCCCAGGAAAGGACGGAGCAGCCGGUCAAUCCGGUCUACCUGGACUUCCGGGGACCGAUGGCGUGGCAGGACUUCCCGGUUCGACGGGAGCUAAGGGCGAAGCCGGCGAGUUGGGUCUUCCAGGAGCAAUCGGAGAGAAGGGUGCUGUAGGACAGCCGGGGUUGCCGGGCCAACCAGGGGAAGGGGGAUUUGCCGGCCUGCCUGGGCCAAUGGGACCGGUCGGACAGCCCGGGCCCCCAGGGCCCCCCGGUGGUGUUGGUACUGGUCGAGUUGGAUUUGAUGACAUGGAGGGUUCCGGUGGAAUCAUGUCCAAUGGACUUCCUGGCGUUAGCGGACCUGAAGGAAGACAGGGUCAGGCUGGUGUACCUGGUUUACCUGGUCAGGCUGGUCUCCCGGGCAUACAUGGGCAGAAGGGCAGUGAAGGAGCUCAGGGACGAGAUGGGAAGCCAGGACUGGACGGUUUCCCCGGCCCUCAGGGACCAAAGGGUGCCUUCGGCGAAAAAGGAGAAGUGGGUCAACCGGGCAGAGAUGGCACUGGACUCCCCGGACCUCCUGGCCCACCUGGAACACCCGGACAGAUCAUCUACCAAUCGUCUGGAAACCAGGACGGCACGACCGGCAUCGGCGGGCCUCAGGGUCCCCAUGGUUCACCUGGCCAAGCUGGAUUCCCUGGCCCGAUUGGACCCAAAGGAGACAGAGGUGACCCAGGUCUGCCAGGCUACGGUGUGAAGGGGGAGAAGGGCGAGGCAGGGCUGGUGGUCGGACCCGACGGAAGCCCCCUGACCCUGGGAGGGCUGGCGGGCCCAAAGGGUGCCAUCGGAGCUAAUGGACCUGUUGGGCCUCCUGGUCCUUACGGCUCUCCUGGAUAUAAGGGGGAAAUGGGGAUGCCUGGAAGACCUGGCCGACCGGGUGUGAACGGAUACAAGGGAGAGAAGGGAGAUGCAGGGGGCGGCACAGGAUACAGCUACCCGGGGCCCGCAGGACCACCAGGGCCGCCUGGGCCCCCUGGCCUUCCCACGCCUCUGGACCGCUUUAAUCGCUACGACACUUCAGUGGACUACCCAGCGACUAAAGGAGAGAAAGGGAUGCAAGGAGACCGCGGGUUACCAGGCACAUCGUCUAACUUGGACCUAUAUGCAUUCAAGAACGAGCUGAAGGGAGAGCGCGGAGACAAUGGGGUGAAGGGGGAGAAGGGAGAGCCGGCUGCAGGGUUUUACGAUCCCCGGUUUGGUGGGGUUCAAGGAGCAGCAGGCAGCCCGGGCCCACAGGGUCCGAAGGGAGACUCCAUCAUGGGCCCCCCUGGACCCCAGGGACCACCUGGACCCACGGGUAUCGGGUAUGACGGCCGUCCAGGAGCCCCAGGCCCCCCAGGACCUCCCGGACCCACUGGAUCCCCCUCUUUACCGGGGCCCUACAGGCCCAACCACUCCUUCCAUGUCCCUGGACCCCCAGGGCCCCCCGGGCCCCCAGGAGCCUCAGGCCACUCCUCUGGGGUGAUGGUGCUGAAGUCCUACGACACCAUGCUGGCCCAGGCCCGUCGCCAGGAGGAGGGCAGCCUCAUCUACUGCCUAGACAAGGCCGACCUCUACCUCCGUGUCCGCCACGGCCUGCGCCAAGUCAUGCUCGGAGACUACAAUCCCUUCUACAGAGACUCGGAAAACGAGGUGGCUGAGGUCCAGCCCCCACCUGUGGUCAUCUACACACAGUCCCAGGACCAGUCGGUCAACGGGGCCGGCCACUACUCCCAGGGGGGGGCCGAGACGCGCCCCGUGGACCAGCCGCCGCCGGCCCACCACCCCCACCACCACCAGCAUCACCAGCAGGAGACCCCCAGGAGGGAACACGCCCCCCAGCCCGACCCCCGCUAUCCCCCGCACUACGACCCCCGCUUCCCCGACCCGAGGUACCCCGGUCAGACGGCCGAGCGGGCCAACCCCCCCCCGCCGCCGCCCCAGCAGCCUGAGGUCCGCCACCCGGUCACCGCCAGGAGACCCCACGUCCCCCCGGCGGCCCCCAAGCCCGCCGCUCACGUACACACCUCCGGACCCGGGCUCCACCUCAUCGCCCUGAACUCGCCCCAGACCGGCAACAUGCGAGGGAUCCGCGGCUCCGACUUCCUGUGCUUCCAGCAGGCGCGAGCCGUGGGGCUGAAGGGGACCUUCCGGGCCUUCCUGUCCUCCAAGCUACAGGACUUGUACAGCAUCGUCCGCAAGUCGGACAGAGACAGCCUGCCCAUCGUGAACCUUAAGGACCAGGAGCUGUUCAGCAGCUGGGACUCGCUGUUCGGGGAGGUCUCAGGCACCAUGCGGGAGGGCGUUCCUCUCUACUCCUUCGACGGCAGAGACAUCCUCAGAGACAGCGCAUGGCCUGAUAAGAUGGUGUGGCAUGGCUCUAGCACCAAGGGCCACCGGCAGACGGACAACUACUGCGAGACGUGGAGGGCGAGCGACCGCGCGGUGACCGGCCUGGCGUCCUCCCUGCAGAGCGGCUCGCUCACCCAGCAGGGCCCCAGCAGCUGCUCCCACUCCUACAUCGUCCUCUGCAUCGAGAACAGCUACAUCCCCCACUCCGCGAAAUAAGCACACCAUCCCCCCCAAACUCCCACCGCAACCCCGGUUCCUUCUAAUUUUUUUUGUUUUUGUUUUUGUUUUUUUAUGUUUUGAUCUUGGUUUAAAAAUAGAACGACAAGUUUGAGCAGGCACCUCAUUAAAAUUAUAAUCUUUGUUCAUUAUUUUACCCUGAUAAUGAGCCUUGAGAAAGUGUGGCAUCCCGUUUAAACGGGGGCCAGGGACUGCUUGUCCAACUUUAACGUAUUUCAGCGUCUUUUUUGUUUUUACCCUUCCAUGAAUGCCAAAGAGACUGGUCUAACAGAAGGGUAUCGGCUCCUGUUCCUGGGGAGAUUGGCACAUUUACUGGUAUUUUUUCAUUCAUUUCUUUCAGUUGUUUUGUUUAUUUUUCCCUCCCAGGGUUGUAACAAAAGAGAAAGAAAACGUAGCUACAUUUUCAAAUUGUAUCCAUUUUUUGUAUUCUGUAUAUUAUGUUUGUUAUCUGUUUCAUUUUUCUUUGCAUUCCUAAAUGUUUUUACUUUUUGAAUUGUUGCAUAUCCAUCCUGUUACAAUGCUGUUUUUAGCUAUUGAUGAUUCCUCUGUAAGAUUUUUAAAUUUCUUUAUUUCAUUUUGUUUUUUAAUUUCAUUUAAGAAUUGUGGGUACUUUGGGGUAGAACAAGAUUUAAAUACUAUUUUAAAAAUGAAAGAAGCGAAUAGAUAUUUAUUUUUAAAUGAAGUUAUGUAAGGACAUAAUAUUUUAUUUGGAAAAUUAGCAACAAAAUAAAUCAAAUUACCCUUAUUCAUACACUAAUUCUACACAGGACCACUCUCAAGUAUGUUAGCAAAUAGUGUCUAUGUUUUUUUACCUAAUCCAACACAGCAUGAAUAGCCGCAAGAUUCUGUGUAACUGAAAUCACAUUAUACGUAUUUUGAAUUGAACGCAGAUGCAUCUAUGUUUACCUGGCUGGCAUGUACUGUUUUCAUUGUACAUAAAAAACAAAAUGGCUGUUAUGGUUCAAGUCUGUGGUGGAGCGCGACCGGUAAUGGCGAUGGUGAACCAACUGUGUGUGUGUGUGUGUGUGUGUGUGUGUGUGUGUGUGUGUGUGUGUGUGCGUGUGCGUGUGCGUGUGUGUGUGUGUGUGAUUUGGACUGCGUGUUGGAUUCCAGAGACUCGCCCUGGCUUCAGCAAUACUGAUGCCUUGCUCACUGAACCUGUGGAUUACAUUUGUCACGGCAACAACAAUGUGUUCUGUACAACUUCACCCGGGCACUGAAUAAAUGUAUUUUUUCCAUCCAAGAUUCACAUGUUAUUGAACAGGGAUAAAUAUGUACGUGCUAAUUAUCAGAUGUGAUCAUAUUGUGUCAACUCAUUCAUUCCUGAUUCAUUCAUGUGACCUUCAGCAGCACCCGAGGGUGCUAAAGCUGCCGGCCUUGACUGCGGCAACCUCACAAAUCACCGUCCCAGCGCCCAUGAAAGCCAGCCGACCUUUACACUCAUAGAGGACCUUCAGGCUACGGUAACGGCUGCGUCCGUGAUAAGACAACUGCACUCGGGUGUGUUUGCGUCGGCAGUGGGGGCGUGACUAUGUGAAUUCAUGAUUGGAUGGCGAUCUUGGCGAUCUUGUGAAUUCAAGAACCUGGUUGGGGGGUAAGAUUUUGUGAAUUGGCAAAUAGGUUUGUUAGGGGCAUGAUAGGAAUAUUCAUUAGACUUUAAGAUGUCCUUAUUAAUUUCCUCCAUGAUUCCACUGAUUUUGUUAUGAGAUUAAAGGUUGAGCAUUUAAUAUU